GCCGUCGUGUUUCGCCGCUGUCCUUUGCAUGCUGUAAAGAAACAUACCUAUUCAUCGUCGGCCAAUGGUGCAGCACGAGCGCAACGUGAUACAUCGUGACAUCAUCCGGAAAACUUGCAGCUGGGGCAAGGUGGUGAUCUGAAGAUAGCCGAUUUCGGUUGGUCCGUGUAGGAGCCGACCUUGUUCCGGUACGACGCUGUGCGUUUCGCUCGACUAUUUAUCGCCCGAGAUGGUACAUGGUCAGCCGCACACAAAAACUGUCGAUCUAUGGAAUUUGGGCGUCCUGGUGUACAAGCUGCUGUGCGGUAAGGCCCCGUUUUUGGCGACCACGUAUGAAGAAUCGUUCCGUAAAAUCAUGAAGCUGCAGUAUAAGAUGCCGUCAGAUGUAACGAAGCCGGCGGCCCAUCUGAUCUCGCGACUGUUCGUUAAGGAUCUGGCCAGCCGUAUGCCGCUGAAAAAUGUUGCGUCCAUUCUUGGAUUCUGCUGCACGUGCACAAAAAGUAAAUAGGAACUGCUGCUACCAUGUACCAUUUAUCGUUUUGCUCUAACUAAGUAUGUUUAUAAGAUACCUGUACCCUUUAGUUUUUUAAACCCUUUCUCUUAUAACAUGUAGUGGUAUUUGAAUGGCAAUUGAUGGGUUUUGCAUUAUGAUGAACAAGAUCGUGACCAUCCUCUCGUGGUACCUUUAGUGCUUCAGUUCUAUAUUAAGGAGAGCGUGGAAGGGUAUGGCUACAUUCAUUUCGGCGCUGCCAUGCACCUUUCGUUGCAACGAUAAGAUAGAGCUAGUGUUUUGUUUUUGAAGAUAUGUUAUUAUUAUUAUUAUUAUUUAUUUACUCUUCAACGGGCCGUAUGGCCUAAUUAAGAUGUAACAGUUUAAUUUAAUGAUCAAUUUAAGAUGUAACAGUUCAGUUAUUGUAGGAUAAUUUGUUCGGCUAUUUCUUUAGAUGACCUAUUCAACUAGCUUCAUGACGGUGUGACUUGGAAUAGGAAAAAAUAUUAAUCAUUCCGUAUGCCCUAAUGACAGAAAGCUGGUCUCUACAUACGCUGUACGUCGUUCUAUUCCCUCCCGGAACACACACCAACCAGUGAUUAACUGUCCGGUUAGGUGAUACGAAUAAGUCUUGUAAGCAUUUAAGCAUAACGUCUGCAUGACCACGUAUGUCGGCUAUAGCGAAAAUAAAGCAUAACAAUUAUUUAUUUGUUACGCAAUAAAUAGGAAGAAAGUGCAACGCUGUACGGUCCCGUGAUACAGUCAUCAAUUCUUACGACCUAAUAACAUGACUGUCAUGGGUUCAAACCUCAUACGGACCGUCCCACCGUAGCAAGGAUUAACUAUCCGGCAGCGUGGUACUAAAUCAGUUUCGAAAGCCUGUAUAGUUCGACGCGUAUGUCGUUAAGCCAAAUAGAGAGAAUGUGCUGCGUUAUCGAGAUGGAUACGAUAAAAGUGCUUCCGUCUUAACAGAAGGUGUUCUAUGAUCUACCAAACCGUUGUGUGAGAAAUGGAACUAGCUUGCGAAAAUGUUUGGUCAGUCUGCUUCAUGA